AGCGCGCGCGACUCGCACUCGCUCGCGAGACGCCGAGGCGGCACAAGUGGACCGGUAACGGUUGUCACGUAUUCGCGCACUCUGCCAUUCGCCGUUUCCCCCUUCCCUUCCAACCCCUUCUCAUCGUGCGAUGUAAACACGCGGCCAGAGUUCGACAGGUGGUUGCAAACGUGCGCGUGGCACCCGAAUCCAAAUGAAAUUAACGUCGCGUUGGGCAAUCGACAAGUGAUCGUGAUAGUGUAUGACAUCCGUUCGUUGCCUGUCUAUCGUUCGUUCGAGAGAACGCGAACAAAGUGCAUUAUUAUAUACCGUUCUACUCUACCGGACGGUGCGCACCGCACAGUGAUCUCCCGUGGCAGUCGCCGACCUGGGUUCGCGGAUUCGAUUGUGUCGGGAUUGAGGAGAGGAAGAGAAAGACAGCCCGGCAGCGGCGUCGUGGGAAAGGGAUCAACGCCGCGGAUUUAUCGAUACAAGAUGAAUGGCGAAUCCUGCUGCAGUUCAUAGAGACGCCAGAUCGGCAUAGAAAUGGGCAACAGCAGUUCCCAUCAAUACUGCGCGUCCAAUGGACCGUCGCAGGAGGUUGGCAGACGCGGGUGGACGCAGUCCUUCCCUCGGGAGCUUGCAAGACAUCAUCCUCAGCAACCAGCGGGACACAAGGUCCUGCCGGAGCCGCCCAAUCAGCGAUUACGCGCCACCAAUAAUGGCAGCAUCAUUCACAACGGGGGAACCAUAAGCGGCCGCAAGCCUCCGGCCCUCACGCUUCCGCACGACCUUAAUAAGCCAGGAAUAUUCCGCAGCCGCAGUACUUCGGCGUCGAAUAUUGGCGCCUCUCGCGGCCGCAAGCUCGAGCACCGUUGCUGUCAAUAUCGAAGCGAGUUAGGAUGCUGCAUGGAAAACGAGAUGCAGGAGAUCAAGAGGUUUGGCAGCGAGCCCGAUCUGCGAUACUCGCCGAUGGGACAGGAGGCGACGCGUUGCAACGGGAAGCAGCAGCAUCAGCACGCGAUGGAGCACCGGCAUUGCGGAAACGGACAUUAUCCUGAACGGGAUUGCAAGGAGCGAGAGAGCCGAUACAAGAAUAAAAAGAAGUACAAGGCACCGGCGCCGCCAUCGAACGGCAUCGUCGACAGGACGUCCCCCGAUUCCUAUAGAUAUACGGAAUCUGGCCAGGAUCGUCAGAAUGGUUGUCGCGGCGAGGAGGAAGUUCAGCCACCGCCGAGACGAUCGCGUCUCUUCAAGACGCGAGCGGAAACGAAGAGAGCGCAAGUCAACUGGCUGUCUUCAUCGUCGCAAACUCAGGUAAUCGAAGAACGUUGCGAGAACAACGGUGGCGGUGGUGGAUUGGAGAACGAGCGACAGUGGCGAGGUGAGGACGGCCGUGUUGCCAGCAAAGAGAACAGACUCGCCUGGCGCGAUCUCCGUCAGGAUCGCUGGUGCCGGGAUGAGCAGAAGCGUUUGCGGAUCUUUGACGGCAAGAAUACGCUGCAAAGAAGCAUGAGCAGUCCGGAGUUUCAAGCAGAGCUAAUGCAGGUAGCCAGGAAAGUGCGCAACAAGCUCCACUGUAGCGGUAGGUCCUCGUCGGUAGCAGAGUCCGCGAAUCUGAUGGAGCGCAAUAGCGACAUCGAUCGAGGCUUUAAAGAGUCAAAAAUCGAAGAGACGAAGAGGCCGGAAAAACGAUUGGCAAAAAACGAGGAGAGUUUUCGCGAUGAAUGCGCGAUCGAGAACAGAAUCGUCGAGGAGAGGCGGCUGAUCGACCGCUGUAAUCGAUCCGAAACCAAACUCAACACGUACGAAGAACGUAAAGGAAAUGCUCGUGAUCUUGAAAGAACCAAGAAUCACCUGGAAGAGAGGCAAACGGAAGCCAUAUCGGGUGGCAAGAGACGAUUCAUCGAGAAAUUGGCGACGUUUGACGAAUCGUCUACGGCGCAUCCGAAGGAUCCUCCUCGGAAAAAUUCAAAGGAUCGUCUGAACGUAGCGAAAUACUCUUCGGGGGAGAGGUUUUCGUCGGAGAAACAACGGAAAGAUUUGCUCGAGGAUUAUCAACGAGCGAAGAGUGUGACUAAGAGUAAGAAGCAUGAGAACACGGCGGAGCCGGCGAGAACCAGAUCGGAGAGUCCGGUGAGACCCUACGUCAGGGCGACGGAUCCUCGCGGGCAAGGUUCCGGGAGGGAGAGUACGCCCGAACGAACGAGCGAGGCCAAAGAGAAAGGAAAGGAGAGAGAUUCCGAUCGUAGAUGGCGGAAGAGCGACGCUAGGAAUACUGAUGGCGCACCGGACGAGAAGAGAUGGCCCUGCGAACCUGUUCCCGCGAUAGUGGAGAAGAAGGACGCGAAAUCUAAAGAGAAGCUCGUGAGGAAACCAGAAGUCAAGGAAGUCGUGCGCGAGAAAAAUUGGCACGUAUUACCGUCGCCGGAGAAAUCCGCACCGAAGACUUUCUACUUCGGCAUGGACGAAGCAUUGUCGAAUGAGUCGCGGAAUUGCGUGGACCAGCAUAUGGAGCAGAUACAGUCAAGGUUGCAAACUAGAGAAGUCAAUGGAUCGAUCGAAUGUCACGAUUAUACGGAUGAUGGGAAAAGUGGAAUAGAGGAUAUUUCAUUAAAAUUACGACCAACACUACCUAAGAAGCAGCUGGAAAUUCCACGAUUCUCACCAUCGGCAGCGUGGAGGCUAUUGUCAGCAUUAGAAGCACCAGGACCAAACAUGAGUACGGCAAGCGAAGAGGUUCCGGUAAUGUUUGAGGAGCGCAUCGAACGUCUAUCUAGACCACCUCCGCCACUGAUCGCUCUUGGCCCGCGAAGUUCGCACGAUAAAUCGGGAGAUUCUGGUAUAUCCGGGGAUGCUGGUGCAGUUAAUGAUGACUCAUUAGACGUCAGCACCAAUACUAAUAAUAAUAGAUUGAAAACACCGGCGACAAGACCAACGUGGACGCCGCAGCAGGAUCUGGGAGAAGAAUCCAGUAGUGAUGCGGGUGUGGAUUCGCCUCCACCAAUGCCGACACCCGUGAAGUUUCCACCUAGGGCACAUGUGUUCUCGUUAUCGUUGCCGCGCGACGACAAUCGCAUGUAUCUAUACAAUCCGGAUUUAAAGAGCAAGGAGGGCUCGACUUUCAACUCGCUGCAGAAGCUGAAGCGAUCAGUAUCGGGCGCUCUCGGACUCGGUCCGUUGGAUCUCGAGAAGAAACGUAUUCGCGAUGUCCUUGAUGACAACUGGCUAUUGUCAACAAGUGCGCCGACAUCGCUGCAACACACACAGAUCACGGAUGCAACGCGUUCUUCACCACACGGUUGGAAGCCCAAUUUCGAUGACGAAGACGAUGACGAGGAUUUAGUGGAAGAUUUGGAGGAUCGCGGUGACUUUCCUAUGAUUAUGAAGCCGCCCUCGUUCUCUUACUUGGCUUCAGGUGGCCAUGUGAUGUACUUGCCCGAAUCAAAUGAUUCUCAAUAUCAGUCGCAAGGUUUGAAUUGCAGGAGCAAUAUGGUGAUGGAUAGUGAAAAGAACUUUAGCAACAAUAUUGGAUCAAAGUAUCAUAAAAACGAUGUAGAUGAAUUUAGGAAAUCCGACAAGAACAUGGAGAAGACGAAUAAACAGCUCAAAAACUCAGCUAUUCUUAAAGAUAAAUCUUUUACGAGCGAUGGAAAGGUGAAUAACAGAUUUUCAAAAUCAUGUGAAAAUAUCUCUGAAAUGAAACAACGGAGCAUUUCGCCUACCGCUCAGCAAAAUCUGCAGGAUGACAAAGAGGUAGCGCCAGAGGUCAAGCCACCAUCGAAGAACAAUUCAAAGAGUCGAAGAUUCACGUUUCAAAGCACUGUGCGACAAAUUGAAAGGCGUAGAUUGGCGGAAAAGCUAUCGCGGGAGGCGGAAGCCAAGGAAAGACAAAGGAAAGGCGAGCUAGAGGCGAUGCGUAAGGUGGAAGAAGAAUUUCAACGCAAACGUGCCAGGGAAAAGGCCAAUAUUAGGCAGCAACUUCGCUUAUACAGUAUGGACGAGAAUAUUAGUAGUUUGCCCACUGUGUGGGACAGCUCGCAAUUAUCUCGCGCGGACCCGGACGGCGCGCCGUCAUCGUCCGCGUCAUCGCCGACUUCAGUUCCGCCGACUAAGUUGGCGACCAUGCGGAAGAGCAGUGUCAGCAGCGACGAGUAUCUGCGUAAGAGAGCGUCUAGUGCGGAUUCCAGGCAACAACAGCAGCAUCAUCAACAGCCGAGGGAGUACAAGGACUACCGGCCAAAGUAUUAUGAUUGGACGCCCACUGAAUCGUCGUCGCACCUGGAGUACAAGCAAACAACUGUGCAUCCCAAGGUGAUCUGCGACAUUCCCAAGAGCUCGGCCGUUUUCGUGGACGCACACACGACCACUAAUAAAACCGCGAAUCUCAGCUCUACGCCCAGGUCAGACAAUUACAGGAAAGAUUUUGCUCAUGGGGCCGUGGCGGCGAGAUCUUCCUUAGCGAGCAGCGACAGCGAGCUAUCGCAACCGAACACAAGACCGCAUUCCAGGCAAACCGGCGGCAAGAGUAAACCCCUCCGGUCUAGGUCGGCUAGCCCAGCACGCAGCGAGGAAGCCAUCAGCUCAGAGGACGAAAGCCCGGUGCAGCCGAUCAAACAAGAGCGAAACCCUAUGAAUGGUUUCGUAUUGAACGGAGUGCAGCCCUUUGUGAGGGAGAAGAGCUAUCGACCUAUUUCUUUCAAUCCUCAACCAUCUCCGCCUAUUCCAAGUUAGAAGGCCUUUUCAGAUCUUGAAAGUUACUCCAAAUCUUAAUAAAAUUGUGCGAAAAAAAAGAUCUGAUUUAUAUUAUACAUAUAUAUAUUUUUGUAUGAAAAAUAUCGAAUUUAGAAGGUUUUCUGUACUUUUGUACACUCGAUAUGUUUAUCUCAACCAGAAUUGCCGCAAGAUCGUUAUACAUAUAUUUUGCGUAUCAACCUAUUAAAUGUUAAGCUAUAACUUAUAUAAAUUUUAUGAAAUUUUAUAAAUUGAGAUUUUAUAAUUAACGGUUAAUAUAAUUGACAAGAUUUUAUAAUUAAAAUUUACAGAGAAAUAGAUUUUUUUAAUGCGAUUUAGAGAAUAUUCUUCGAGAACCUUAUAUUAUAUAUACUCUGCGAAUGUAUAUAACAGUCGUUGUAAUAAUGCAAUCGUGGUAAUCAUUUUUCACGUAGCAUUAUGUACGCGAAAACUAAUGUCAAAUAAUAUUUUAUAUAUGAUGUGUAACAAGUAACACGAUCUAACUCUUAACCAAAUGUGUUCCAUACAACUCUUGGUACGUUCAUCUAUUAUUUAUGUGUCGUAUUAACAAAGCAAAAACUGAAUCAAAGAUCAUAAUUUUACAUCGCGCGCGAGAUCGUUUUACACGGUACGGUUAUAAAACUGCGUCGCGAAAAAUACCAAUAAUACCGGGUACUUAUUACUUGAACAGGUUUAGGGCUAUAUUUUGUAAUUAUGUACAGGUAACAAUUGCAGGCGACUGCAAAUAUUUGCUCAUGUAAUGUAAUCAAAGAAUAAUGUUGUUAUUAAA